AUGGAAAGCGAAGGGGGGGAGGCCAACUGGAGCGAAGCCGUGGAGGAUCUCGCCGAAGGGGGUGACAUCGAUGGCGCCAUAGCCGUGCUGGAAUCGAUCGUCGCCCGCCUCGGGGGCACAGAUGCCUCCUCCCUGGCCCCCGGUGACCGUGAUGGCGAUUCCCUUGGAGUGGCCGUGGCUGCCAUUAGCGACCUGGCCAGUCUCCACGAUUCUCGGGGUUCUCCAGAGCGAGCUGAUGAUCUCCGUAAGCAGGCCCUUAUCCUCCGUGAGAAAUUGGACGGCGCCCGCUCGGUCCCUUCUUCUUUAGCCCCGCCUUCUCCGGCCCACGCGUUUAGGUCCUGAUCCGUUUUCUUGAGUUAGGGUUUUGAUGCGAUGUUUCUGCCUCUCUCGAAGCUCAAUUAUGUUAUGUUUUUGCGUAUAUGCAGGGACUCUGAGCAGCAGCUAAAGGGGACGAUUCCAGAGCGGAAGGAUUCCCGUGUUUCAGGGGGAGUGUGUGACGACGACGACGACGACGUUGACGGUACUCUUCUCUCACAAUCGGUACUUUAUUCUGCGUGUAACCUUGAAACUUCAUUAAACUCGUUCCUUGUUGAUUUCUGCCCAAUUACGCUUGUAGACUGGGAGGCUGUCGCUGACCGACCGCUGCCGGACAUUGUGGGAGUAUCCAGCUCCCAGGAAACUGAAAAUGUACGGUCAGAAUCUACAACUAAACGCCGCGGGAGGGGACACUUCCUUUACAAGAAGGAUGGGCUCUACAGCGACCAGCUUAAUGAGAGUGGAUCCGCUGACCGUUCGGACUCUGACGAAGAGUUGGAUCGCUACGGCCGUGGCGAAAUCACGGAGUUAAGCAACUGUAAGUGUGCUAUCAAUGUAUUGGCAGCGAUGAUUUUUCAUCUGUAAGCCAUUAAAUUUUUGAAGUUUAGUAGGUUACUCCGGUCCGCUUUAAUCUGAUUUUUAUUGUCGCUUCAGCCAGAUAUGCCACCGGGCAUGUUCUUGUUCUGUACGACUUCCCCCAGAGUACACGGACUACAGAUUUGGAGAAGAUUUUUGAGGCUUUCAGGGAGGAUGGCUUUGCCAUUCGUUGGGUGAAUGAUACUUGUGCAUUGGCCGUAUUUCGGACUCCAUCUUUUGGUAAGUGACGGUUCCUUUAUUUUUUGGAAUUGGCUAUGUUCCAAUGCAAGACUUUUCGUCGUGUAGCUAAUGGUCAGACAUCCAUCUGCAUUGAUCAUGACAUAAAUUUCAAACCACAGCUUCUUCUUCCUCCUGGACUCGCAAUGCAUCUUAGAACGGAAAUAACAAUAAUUCGACCGCUCUUUUAAACUUAAAAUAUUGAAAAUUAUUCAAAACGCUGGAGAACAUUGAAAAAUAAUUCAUGACGCCCGCAAUUGUUGAUGCCGUCACGCUCAAUUCAAACGAAUGUGAAGACAAUCCACGAUGUUCAUACCUCCUCACAUUACAAUGGUCAAAAUUGUUGAGCUGGUUUAUGGUCCAGUUGAGAUUCCAUUCUCGUAUACUCCUCAUUCAGAAGAAGAUUUUUUUGGUCAUAUUCAGCUAAGUCUUGCUUAUUUGCGAUCCUUAAUCAUGUUAGUCAUAUGCGAUCUUCUAGCUGUAGCUGGCGCAAUGCAUGUGUGCGUCUGAAUUAACCCGUCCAGCCCUCUUAUUUUCUAUAUUGUUGAGCCAGACGUUAUCUACAAGUACAGGGCUUGGACAGCUCUAGUUAUGGCUUUCAUGAAUUUAUCAUAUGGGGAACAGAUGAAAAAAAGAAAAAUAUCAUAUCAAAAGAUUAAAAAAAAAAUCAGUAGUUUUCUUUAAGAUGGGUGUUCAUUUCCAAAUCACAUCAUUAUAACCUUAGUUAGAAGGUCAAUGGCGAAUUGCCUUUACCAACUCCUCAGGGCCUUAGCCUUGAAAACCUUCAUAUGUGAUGAUAUCAUGCAAGGAAAAAAAAUAUAGAAAAUAGAAGCACACAGAGAAUAAGAUUUUUAUUCUGUACCUUGCAGCAUAAAUAAUUAUUUUCUUUCAAAUAAUACGAGGUACGGUACUCUUUGAAUUCUUUGAAUUCCACCUCGUGAAUCUAGUUUCUUGUGAUGACUGGGGCACACCCAAGUUAAUAAACCACGACCUCAAAUACUUUCCCCGAGUCUCUAUGGCUUUUCCUCCGCCUACCCCGGUUCCUUAUUUUUUUGCUGUAAUGUGAAGCUGCUGCUCUGGGCAAUCCCAAAUCAGUGACAGACAAUGUGGUUUGGGAAAAUCUUCUUGUGUUAAUGAUCCCUGUGGCAAGGUCCAUGCCAGGAUUCGGAACAAGAAACCACUUCUUGUAUUCAUCCCCUUCAACUGAAAAAGUUCUUGACAGAACAAUGAGUUCAGGGUCAUGAAUGUUCCUAUAUUUAUACAUGAUUUAUUUUUUUAUGUUGUCUUAAUUUUCAAUGCAUUAUCUGAGGAUCUUUAAUCGAUAGUCUACCCUUCUAAUGUAAGCAUUUGUGAUUUUUUUUCUUCAUUCGACUCUGAAGAUAAUAUUUUAGCUAUUUCCACUUGGUUCUUCAUCAAUUUCUGCCUGAUAACAUGGUGAUGCUGCCAGGUUUCUCAUUUUCUUAAAAAAUCUUUGUGCACAUCUCAUCGAGUUAUUCCUUUUGCAGCAAGCAGGGCUCUUUCUACCUCUCCCUGCCCCUUCAAGGUACGCAUGAUAGAGGAUAACAGUGACAAAAUUUUGACUCAGAUCUCUGCAAAAGGUACCAUAUCGCCUUAACUUAGUGUUACUUCAUAGCAGCGCCUCUCUCUCUCUCUCUCUCUCUCUCUCUCUCUCUCUCUCUCUCUCUCUCUCUCUCUCUCUCUCUCUCUCUCGCUCGCUCGCUCACUCAUGAUCGAGUGAGGAACAACGCAGAUUUGGAACCUCCACACCCGAGGCCGAAGACCUCAGCAAGGACUGCGCAGAGGCUGAUCGCUCAGGGAAUGGGGCUGAAGCUCACUGGUAAUUUCGGUUCAAGGGAGCUGAGGAUACAAGAGGCUGCAAGAAGGGAUCGCAUCCACGCCAGGCAUGGUUUGAGAGACGAUGCCUGGGGCCCCGAAGACCCUUGACCAGCUCACUAGCUGCUCCACAUGUUUUUGACUUUUUGAUCAUUUCCCUUAAGGUCAACGCCGGUGUUUGUCAUCAUCUACACAAAAUAGUCGUCGUGUAGCAAAAAACCGAUUCAUGUCGACCCAUAAUCUGAGCAAUCCUGCCGUUGGUCUGACUUUUCCCGAAUUGGUAAGAUUCUUCAAAGUGUUGACCAUUGGAUUUGAUCAGCUGAUCCACCGAGCCUCUUUCACGCAUCGAAGUCUCCACCUACCGCCGUCAAAAUGAGAAUCUAAUUCGACCCAUUUUUUGGCUCUUUUCCACCGGCCCCAGUAUGGUUUUGCUACCCAGAAUUUUCUUGUGCUUAGAAGAAAAAUCAACAUUUUUCAAGGAAAUGUUACUUUAGAAACUUUAUUUUGACCAGUUGACUAUACCACCCUUCUUUGACCUAAUCGCUGCUGGUACGGAUACUCGGGAAAGUCGCCGUUGCAAACAGCGACCUCUCUCUCUCUCUCUCUCUCUCUCUCUCUCUCUCUCUGGACCUUUCCCGAUAUCAAUUGAUGGGGUUAACGACGGGCAACCCAGUGCACUGCUGCCCGAUUGGAAAGGGUUUCCUCAAUAUAGAUCAUUGUCUGGGGACACUAAACGCCGUCAGGGUCAACAUGUAGAAAAGAUUACAUGGGAUCGUUCCGAGCUGGAUGAUCGUGAGAGCUGAGCUAUCUUUCCUCCUUCAAUGCGAAGGUUCCCCAGCGAACGAGCCUUAAGAAGGAAGGUCAAAGGCCAUCCCCAAGCUGUUUUCAGAAAACCGCUGGAGACCGGAACGUCGGAGGUGUCCCCGGAGGAGCCAGUCGCUGCCUAUCCAGACUUGGUGAUGGAUCAGUCCGAAAAUUUACAGGGGCCCGUAGAUUACCCCGGUCACAGGGCGGCGAAGCCGUCACGUCAAAGUCCAACGUUGAACGCUGCCCCCCCCCCCCCUCCCCCCCCCCGGCGGCGCCCCUUGCCUUCUUCUUCUUCUUCUUCUUUUUUAUUAUUUUUCUGCUUCUUCUCUCUCCUGAAACCUUCUGGCCGAGAAGGUCUGGAAGCUCGGGUGGUGAGCGCGCCACUGUGACGGUGGUCAUCCCGCCACGGCGCAGCCAAGUUGCAACUGGGGCCAUCGGAUUUACAGGACCCAAAGUCGUCCGCUCAUGAAGGCCGUUGAUCUCCGAGCGCAAAGCACCAAAUGGCCGUCUGGGGCAGAAUCUUCACGUGGGGGAUCUACUCGAGGAAGUUAUGGCUCCCAACCAAUACAAAUAAAUAAAUAAAUAAAUGCAGAUGGAGCUUAAGGGCACCUAUUUACCUCCAUCUUUUUAACAUGUCUUUGUCCUGCAAUCAACCUAAUAAAUGACUGAGAUGGCCCCGUUCCCCGCGUCAAAAGAAUAAUCAACUCGAUAGCGAUGCAGUUCCCAUAUAAUGAACACUCGCAGACUUGAUAAUCUGACCCACAGUCUGUUUUUCGACAUUUUCUGUGCGUUGAAUAAUCACACAGCGAAAAUUACGAUUUCUUCUGCAGUAUGGGUGGACGACGAGGAGGUGGUCCAGCUCCUUCAAAGGGGAGGAGAAGGUGUUCAGCCAACGCACGGGUCUGUCACAAACUAAUGCUGAGUUGACUUUCGAUAGAUAAAGAAUGCGACGGUCCCUGGUGGAUCCGUCUAAGACCCAUAUGAGAUUAGAUGCAGAGGUCAGGAGGGAAGACUUCAGACCUCCAGGAAGAUCACGAGUCUCGAUAUCGGGAUACCCACAGCAGAAUCUAGCAGAAGGCAGAUAUCUGGCAAGCUGCAAACAGCUCAGAUGUCCAAUCUGACCCGCCGCUUGGAUCAUUUUUACAUCACACCUUGUCUCUACGCGCGGACAAUGGUGAGCAUGUGCUUGUGUCUCGAAAUUCUGUUCGAUCUUGUGUUCGACAAUUGUGGAUGA